GUUCAGGGAACAUUAUUUGGGCAUUUACUACUAGCAGGCAGUAUACUAGGUAGAAAAAAAAAAAGAAUGACAGUUUUUAUUCCUAAGUCAUUUAUCGUCUAAUGGGAUAAAUGGACAUAUGAACAGCUUUAAUAUUGCCUGUUAAAAACAAUUAUAAAGUUUUUUUGGGAGCAAAAGAGUCUUUUUAACCUAGCAGUGUGUGUCGGGGCAGGGGAGAGCUGGUGGAGGAGAGGUAGUAAGGGGGUUGCCAGUGGACAGGGAAAGCCUUCUUAGGGAAGAUGAUACUGUUUUUAUUUCACAACUCUUGGGAGUCUUUUUAAAGUCAAAAUCCAAUUACCUAACUAGGAUUUAGAAAAAAUUUAAUACCUUCUAAAAUCAGCUUUUUUUUUUUUUUUUUUUUUUUUUAAUGUUGGGGGGAAAUAGGUCUAGACUUACCAAACAGAGCCUAUUCUAAUCUGAUUUUAAUCUACUUUCUAUCUGCAUCUUUCCACUGUCACCUACCUUUUAGUCAUAGAAAAUUAUUCAUUUAUGCUUUAAUUAUUUUUGGCUUAAGACUAAGCUUAAACCCUUUCUUAAUAGGAAAUUAUCUUGGCUUUCUUUCAAUACUAAUUUUUUGGAAAAGUACUGAGCUAAAAUAUAUGUGUUGUAUCAGUUGUAUUCAAUAUUUUUUAUUGUGAAAGUGAUCUCUAAUUGUUGGUCUGGGAGAAAUGUGAGUAGAAAUGCAUUCUCUGAGGGGUUCUUUUUGUUUGUUUUUUGCUUUCUUUUAGGGUCGAACCUGCAGCAUGCAGAAGUUCCCAGGCUGGGGGUUGAACUGGAGUGGUAGCUGCUGGCCUACUCCACAGCCACAGCAAUGCCAGAUUGAGCCACAUCUGCAACCUACACCACAGCUCACGGCAACUCAGGAUCCUUAACCCAUUUAGCGAGGGCAGGGAUUGAACGUGCAUCCGCAUGAUUACUAUUCGGGUUCCUUACCUGCUGAGUCAAAUGGGAACUCCUCUGAGGGCUUUCUUGACCAGAACUCUGUAAGACUCUUUUGGAAAACAUGGGUCCCUGCUUCCCUCCAUAGAGUCUCUUGUAACUACGCCUUUCCUUACGGAAAUUUGGAAACUUUGCCAGGGACUGUUAAAAGGCAUGGUUCUGUGGGUUUGAGGCUUCCUUAUCCUGGUCAGUACCCACUCAGGUGGUCUCUUCUUUGAGAACUGAGUUUGUCUGUUUUGGGGACCGGAGAAAUCUGGGUCAAGAUUAGUUUAGGAUUCUGAAGAGAAAUGUGCUUUAGAUCUUUACAAAACACUUCUUCCCCUGAGAGAACUUAAGAGGUAUGUGCGUAAGAUAUAAAUUCAUUGCUAUUUGAUAGUAAAUCCUAGCUUCCAAAGGAUUUUGAGUAAUUUAAUUACUUUCUACUAGGCUUAUUUGAUAGAAACAACUGCCUUAACACGAAAUUUUUACCUGGUCCCCCAUUGUGGUAAAAAGUAUCCUUUCUUGGUUAAGAGUUCCUCAUGUAGAUAAACUUACUGGGCCUCCUUUAAUAGCAAAUUAAGCAACAAAGUUAUUGUCACAUAGCUAUCAUCUAUAUUGUGUGCUUGGUAUAAAAUUGUGCCAGACAGUCUUCUAAGUGUUUCCUAUGUAUUAACCAAUUUAAUCCUCACAAUACCUAUAUCAUGAGUUAGCUUUACUAACAUAGUAAGUUAUUAUAGUGAAAGAUUUUCAAAUUUUUUAUCUAGGGAAAUUUACAAGAUAGCUUUUUUACAGAGCAAAACAGCUUUAAGAAAACUAAUUUUGUCUUGUGUGUAGCUCCAUAUUUCUGACAUAAGUAUAGUCAGCGUGGGCAUUUUAUGCAUACCAAUCAUAGGUUGUAGAAGAACUCGAAAACAUGAAUCUAUCAGGUUUGACUAAUAGAAAAAUUGUAAAACUUAGUGAGUUAUAUGAGAAACAUUGUUAUUAUUUUUUGAAACAUUAUUUUAAAGUGGACUGUUGUUAAAGGCAAGGAAAGUGUUAAUGAAGAGCUUAGCUGUGUAGAUUAGAAUAAAGAAACUGUCUCUCCCCAUCUGUCCUAAUUAGUUUAUCUCUCCUGCUUAUAUAUAUGGCAUGGUGGUUAUCUCAGAAAAGAAGUAAGAAGUACUUUGAAAGAACACCAUUUUUAUUUAGCUAAUUUAUAAUGAUUUUGAAAUUGUCAAUUCUUAAACUUUUUAAAUGUUAGAUCUUUUCUGUAACAAUUGGUUACUAGAAAUUUCAAGGCCUUGGAUGCUCAAUUAAGGAUUUUGGCCUCUCCUCAUUCUUUUGGUUUUGGCUCAAAUGAUUAUGUUUCCUCAUUUGGGGAAGAUUUUUCUGGGUAUUUUCAUAUUUGUCCUGAUAGGAAGAAACCUUUCAUCAUUAACAGCACAAACCUAUUUUUCUUUGGAAGCAAGCCAAGAGCCCAAAAGUGCAGUUUCUUUUCUCCUCACUGACUCAGACGCCACAGACUAUUUAUCUACUGAAAAGAAACAACUUAUGGACCACAGAGAAACUGAGAGACAGUGGUUGCUCAGAAGAAGGCGAUCUACUCUAUUUCCUAACGGUGUGAAAACCUGCGCAGAUGAAAGUGUUACAGAGGCGGUGGCAAACCAUGUGAAAUAUUUUAAAGUCCGAGUAUGUCAGGAAGCUGUCUGGGAAGCCUUCAGGACUUUCUGGGAUCGACUUCCUGGGCGUGAGGAGUAUCAUUACUGGAUGAAUUUGUGUGAGGAUGGAAUCACAACCAUAUUUGAAAUGGGCACACAUUUUAGUCAGUCUGUGGAACACAGAAGCUUAAUUAUGAAGAAACUGACGUACGCCAAGGAAACUCUAAGCGGCCCUGAACUGUCAUCUCCAGUUCCUGCUGGUGAUACCUCAACAUUGGCAGGUGCUGGGCUCAGUGUUCCAAAUCCAGUGGUGACCUCCUUUGAUGCUAUCUCAGAGAGCAGCUUGGAGAGGCCAGAAGAGAGUAUAAGCAAUGAAAUUGAGAAUGUGAUGGAAGAAUCCACAAAACCAGCCGCUGAACAGGUUGCAGAAUUCAGUAUCCACCUUUUGGGAGAGCAAUACAAUGAAGAACUACAGGAUUCCUCCAGCUUCUACCACCAGCGCCUUGUAGAGGAGUUUAUUUCAGAGGUUGAAAAUGCGUUUACUGGGUUACCGGGUUACAAGGACAUUCGUGUACUUGACUUUAGGUCCCCUAAGGAAAAUGGCAGUGGCAUAGAUGUUCACUACGAAGUUACCUUCAAUGGUGAGGCCAUCAGCAAUACCACCUGGGACCUAAUUAGCCUCCACUCCAACAAGGUAGAGAACCAUGGACUUGUGGAACUGGAUGAUAAGCCCACUGCUGUUUAUACAAUUAGUAACUUCAGAGAUUAUAUUGCUGAGACACUGCACCAGAAUUUUUUGCUGGGGAGCUCCUCUUUGAAUCCAGAUCCUGACUCCCUUCAACUCAUCGAUGUGAGAGGAGUUUUACUCCCCCAAAGUGAUGACCAAGUUUGGAACACUCAAAGUUCAAGUCUUCAGGAAAGCUUACCAUCUAUUCUGGAUAAUACCCCUCAAGCUGAAUGGCCCUCAGCAGAUGAAUCCACCACGAGCAGUAUUUCACCACUUGAUUUCAGCUCUGGUCCUCCUUCAACCACUGGCAGGGAACUCUGGUCAGAAAGCCCUUUGGGUGAUUUAGUGUCUACACCCAAAUUAGCCUUUCCCUCGAAGGUGAGCCUCAGUUCUUCCCCAGAGGUUUUAGAGGUUAGCAGCUUGACUCUUCAUUCUAUCACCCCAGCAGUGCUUCAGACUGGCUUGCCUGUGGCUUCUGAAGAAGGGACUUCUGGAUCUGACUCAUUAGAAGAUGAAUUAACUGAAGUUGAAGGGUCAGAAGAUUUUCUUUCUGUUGAUCCAUUGCCUUCAAGUCCAUUGACUCAUCCUGUGCCAAAAGAAAUGCUACGAUCCAUGGAAGAUUCCAGGGUGUCUUUGACAUCCUCACCAGAUAUAGUCUCCUCUGUCACAUUAGAUCUUCUUGGUGAAGAAGUAACUACACCUUUUGGGAUGGACUCUUUGGCUUCCAAAGUCAAAGGCCAAAUAGGAGUGAGCACUAGGAUGCCUGACAAAUCUGUGAAAAAAGAGUUCAUAAUUCAGAGUGGUGUAGGUUCAGGAUCUGGGCAAAGUGUGGGGCUGAUUACUUGGCCAUGGAGAGAGACUUUAUUAGAGAAGAGCACUGAACCAUUGUCCAAGUCAUGGCUUGAAGCUGAGGAUUCAGAGGAUUCACUUUUGCCAACUGCGGGUAUUGAUGAGAAACUAGUCAUUGAUCACAAAAUAGAUGCCACAGAUCGAAGUGUCGAACAUUCAGAAUAUGACUUUGAUAGAUCCACAAACUUUGCAGAAGAAGAGUCCCUUGGUGGACCUACGGGGUCUAUCUUUGCAGAGACCUCAACUCAACCUGCAUCUCCAGUUCUUUCCAAAUACACAUCAGAGGUACCUGACACUGAUUAUUACUCAGUUACCAAAUCACCUUCUCUGCUAAUAUCUAGAGCAAUCUCUGCUUCUACUGAUAAACCAGAUCAAGUAGAACCGUUUCUAAAGGAGGAUAUGGAACAAACUACAGAGUCAUCCAACCGUGAAUGGUUUGACAUUAAUAUUUCAAUAGUGAAGCCAAAUGUGCAACCUCUGUGGACUGUAUUGCCAGAAUCAGAUGUACUUUGGGCCAGGACUUCUUCCCUAGGGAAAUUGUCCAGGGACACCUUGGCAAGUACACCACAGAGUACUGACAAGCUCUGGUUGAAAGCUUCCAUGACACAGUCUACCAAACUGUUGCCAACCACAAGCUCCACCCUGCUGGAAGAUGAAGUAAUUAUGGGCGUACAGGAUAUUUCAUUAGAACUGGACCAGAUGGGCACAGAUUACUAUCAGCCUGAGCUAAUCCCAGAGGAAAAUGGCAAGGUUGGUAGUUAUGUGGAAAUGUCUACAAAUGUUCACUCCACAGAGGUGGCUAUUGUGGCCCAGCCCACAAAAAUUGAUGACUUGAGUCAUACGCAAGCUACAGGAGCUUUGGUGGUUUUCUUUAGCCUCAGAGUGACUAACAUGAUGUUUUCAGAAGAUCUAUUUAAUAAAAACUCUUUGGAGUAUAAAGCCCUGGAGCAAAGAUUCUUAGAACUGCUGGUUCCCUAUCUGCAGUCAAAUCUCACUGGGUUCCAGAAUUUAGAAAUCCUGAACUUCAGAAAUGGCAGCAUUGUGGUGAACAGCCGAAUGAAGUUCACCAAGUCUGUUCCUCCUAAUGUUACUGAUGCUGUGUAUGUGAUUCUGGAAGACUUUUGCAUAACUGCCUACCAAACCAUGAACUUGGCCAUUGAUAAAUACUCCCUUGAUGUGGAAUCAGGUGAGCAAGCCAACCCUUGCAAGUUUCAAGCAUGCAAUGAAUUUUCUGAGUGUUUGGUCAACCCCUGGAGUGGAGAAGCAGAGUGCAGAUGCUACCCCGGUUACCUGAGUGUGGAAGAACUGCCCUGUCAGAGUCUCUGUGACCUACAGCCUGACUUCUGCUUGAAUGAUGGAAAGUGUGACAUCAUGCCUGGACAUGGGGCCAUUUGUAGGUGCCGGGUGGGGGAGAACUGGUGGUAUCGAGGUGAGCACUGUGAAGAGUUUGUGUCCGAGCCCUUGGUGAUAGGUGUCACCAUCGCCUCCAUGCUUGGCCUUCUCCUCAUCUCUUCUGUUGUCGUCGUCUUCAUCAUCAAGGCUCUUCAAGCUCAGUACCUUAGGAGAGGAAGAGAGAGGCCCUUCAGCGGGCAGCCUGAUAGCCUGUCAUCUGUAGAAAGUGCUGUGAAGCACAACCCUGUGUUUGAAAGUCACGAGGCUGGACUUGAGCAGUACCAGGGACCCUACCUUCCACGGCCCUUCUAUGUUUCGGAGGCAGACGGAGAAAUGUUUGGGCUGAGCAGGGAAGAAAUAAGACAAAUGUAUGAGAACACUGAGCUUUCCAGAGAGGAAAUUCAAGAAAGAAUGAGAAUUUUGGAACUGUAUGCCAGGGAUCCUGAGUUUGUAGCUUUUGUGAGAGAACAUCAAAUGGAAGAGCUUUAACCAAAACUUCGAUUUUGCAAUUGAUUAUAAGCCUUGAGAAGAUGGAGCUCACCAGUCACCUAUGUGGUACUAUUAACCUGGAUUUGGAACCCGGAAGAAAUUCUAUUAAAAAGAUGAAAUUUUGGGCACAAAAAUUUUUUUCUAGUUAAAAUUUUAGAAUAUGGUAAGAGAUGUGAUUUUUUUUUUUAAUGUACCCACAAAGACCAAAAUCUGUAUUUGAAGAAAAUUGAAACUGAAUUCUGGAAAGUUUUCUAUGAGGAAAAAGACAGGCCUAGGAGCUGGGGCUGCAUUUACUGUCUGCUUCUGAGUCUCUGAGGGGGUCUUUAAUAAUUGUGCCUCAGGUUUCUCAGCAGGAAGAUAAGAUGAAACUCGUACAGGGAAGGUAGGCUUCGUAGCUGAGUAUUUUGUAGCAUGUUUGCUAUUGUUAGGUGCAAUGAGAAGCCUUUGAAGUAGUUUUAAUAUCAUUAAUAGUCAUUCACCUAACUAAAAUAUUUAGGGUUUUUUUAGAUCAAACUGUUGAAGAAAAAGCAACCUUUUUGCUGGAGUAUAGAUUUAGGCUUGUACUUUGUGUUUCUACCAGAGUUUUAAAUUUUCUGAGCCUAUUAAUCAAGACUACAUUAUUUGUUAAUUAUGUUAAUGUCCUAUUUUUUGUUUAUCUGUCAAGGACAAUGCAUAUGUAUAAAGUUUAGAGGGUUCUCGAUAAAGACAAACUUAAUCAUGUGGACAGGAAAGGAAUGGGUGUUGGGUCAAGACCACAGCACUAAAAAUAUAAUUUGCCAAUUUAUGGAUAGACUGAAUCAGAACUAAUGUGUUCCCUGACUCUGCUGCUGAUAUCUAAUCACGUCCUGGGAAAAUCUCAGAUCUUCAGUUUCUGGUGUUUCAAAAACAGCCCUUAACUUCCUCAUAUAGUAUAGAUUAGCUUGUUUACCUCCUUCGUGUAAUAUCUUGUGUCCAAAUUCAUUCCUGCUUAUAUGAGACAGGACUUCUAUUGCAAUUAAAAUUUUUAUUUUAUAGGUAGGAAAAAGCUACAUCUAAUAUAAAUUUAAAAUGAAAAUGGAAGUUUUCUUUUUUCCUAUACUUGUAAAUGGUAGCUUGGGAGGGGAUAAGGAGAGGGUCAAAUGAUUAUUACUGUUAAUAUUAAGUCAUGUAGGCUAAUAGGUUAUUAUUGACACGGGUGUUUUAUGUUAGGUAUCUUCAUGUCAUUCAAAACCAAUCUUGAACAUUUCGAUUUCUUUCUAACCAGAUGUAACUAACCAGCAGUAGAUUGAUCGUAAGAUAAAAUACUUGGUUCACUCUUUUUUCCCCCUCAACUUGAUUUCUGCCAAUUUCACUCAUUAUGAAGAUACCAGAAACGAAAUCUCUGGGGUGAGUACAUGCCACAGUAAAACUACUGAAAGCCUUGAAGAUACCCAGGAAUUUUGUGAAGUAUUUAUGCAUGACAUGUUUUGUGAGUACAUGUUUAUCUAUGUAAGUAGUUCCCUUAUCUCAGGGUUCUCUUUCACUCCCUGCUCACAUAAUGGAUUCUCUAAAAGUUCACCAUAGGUACAAGCCACUGCUGGGACAUUUUCUGCUGGGCCCAUUCUACAGGAAUUGAUAAUUAUCUUUAAAGCAUUAUAAAUGUUAAUGAUGUUUGUCACUACUUAAUUUUGUAUUUGUAAAACUUCAUUUGUUGAAGAGUCUGAACUUUUUCCUAAACUUACCUUAUGUUAAAUGAAAAAGAAAAUUUGUUUUUAUCAUACAUUAACCCUAGAAGGCAACUUAGUGAAUGUCUGCUUGCUGGCGGAAUCCAAAUGGACAUAAAGUGGUUCUAGAGUAGGUCUCCACGGGAACACUUAGGAGAAGCACAAACUGAGCUGAAGGAGGACUCUUGCUUUCCAGAAGCCAAGCAGUGAAGUGGAAAUUUGAGAAUUCUGACACUUCCCUGUCUCUGAUGUCUGUGUAUAUGACGUUUCCAUGCAAGAGCCAAUCAUGGAAAUGGCCCUACGUGAAUGAUUGCUCUGCGUCUAUUAUGUGGAAGGAACUCCUAACCUCUCAGGGAGAGACCUGAGAGCCUCAAUUCGGGAAUAAAGACUUUGGCCCUACCUUUGUUAUAACUGAAUCACAGUAAGAAACAUUAGAGAAAGAAGUUUCCACAAUGAAGAUCCACUGAUGUACACAUUUAAAGGGCUAAAAGAGCUAUCCCUCUGUCAGGACAAACUACCCCCAAACCUUCUUUUUAAAAGAGCUUUCCCCAAGGUAAUGCAAUGGCAUGUAGUCAUUUAAAAGGGGGGAGUUCUGGCUGUGGUGCAACAGAAUCAGUAGUGUCUCUGAAGCACUGGGAGGCAGGUUUGAUCUCCAACUAGGUACAGUGGCUUAAGCAUCUGGCGUUGCUGCAGUAACUGGACUUGACUGCCAUUUGUCUCUGAUACCUGGCCUGGGAACUCCAUAUGUUUCAGGGCAGCCAAAAGGGAAAAAAAAAA